AUUAAUUGAAGAACAAAAGUCACUACGCAUGCAGUUUGAACAAAAGGAAAUUGAUGCAGCACUACAAAAGAAAAGAGAAGAGGAGGAGGAAGAAGAAGGUGGUAGCAUCAUGAAUGGUUCCACUAUUGAAGAUGAGGAGCAAACGAGAUCAGGAGCUCCAUGGUUCAAGAGGCCUCUAAAAAACACAUCAGUUGUAGACAGUGAGCCAGUUAGAUUUUCUGUUAAAGUAACAGGAGAACCCAAACCAGAAAUUACAUGGUGGUUUGAAGGAGAAAUACUGCAAGAUGGAGAAGACUAUCAAUAUAUUGAAAGAGGAGAAACUUACUGCCUUUAUUUACCAGAAACUUUCCCAGAAGAUGAAGGAGAAUAUAUGUGUAAAGCGGUCAACAACAAAGGCUCUGCAGCUAGUACCUGUAUUCUUACAAUUGAAACUGACGACUACGAAACUCCACAUUAUGUCCAUUCAUCCUCAUGGAGGACAGAACGCUCCCUGGAGAAACCCGCUUUUGAACCUCACCCCGACUUUAGUAUCCACUCCAUUGGACCGUCUCAGCCGCCUUUCUGGCACACGAGCGAGCACGCAGACUAG